AUGGACGCCGCCACCCCCACCCACCCGUAUUACCCCCUGACAGCCUCCAUCCCGAGCUAUGUCGCCAAUGACUCGUCCGUUGUGCGGCUGCUCGUUACCUUUGGAGUCAUGGUGGGCGUGGUGACAGGCUUAGCUUAUUGGCAGACUCUUCAGAGUCCAUUACGCUUGCGGCCCAUUGACCGUUUUGCUGUGGUGUGGUUUGCUCUAUGUGGAUUCUUACACGUUGGCUUUGAAGGGUAUUAUCUGUACCACCGCACCAACAUCCCGCAACUGCAGACCGUCUUUGGCCAGCUGUGGAAGGAAUAUGCGCUUUCGGACUCUCGUUACCUGACAUCUGAUGUGUUUACCGUUUGCAUUGAGACCAUCACUGCGUUUGCCUGGGGUCCUCUCAGCUGGCUCACCUAUUUUGCCAUCCUGACCAACUCGCCCUACCGCCACAUCAACCAGGUCAUUGUCAGCACCGCGCAUCUGUACGGCGUGGCUCUCUACUACGGCACCAACUUCGGUGACUUUCGCGCCACAGGAGUUUCGUAUAGCCGGCCUGAAGCUCAGUAUUAUUGGAUGUACUAUAUUGGUCUCAAUGCGCCUUGGGCCGUGGUUCCACUUUUCUUUCUCUACGACAGCUACAAGCAGACAGCCAAGGCUUUCCGUGCUCUGCAAACGCACGAGUCGGAACGCAAGACGCAAUAA